UUUCUCUUCAACCCAGUUUCAAAUCUCAUUUUGGUCCUUGAAGCCUACCUGUCACAAUACCAUUGUCAAAUCAUGAGAGCCAGCGCCAUCAUCUCCGUAACCUUGGCCGGUGCUAUUGGCAUCAGUGUCACAGAGGCAUUCGCCAUCGAGCCGCGAAGAAUCGUCCACCCUGGCCUUCUGCAUACCAACGACGAUUUCGCCCGCAUAAAGGGAUAUGUGGCUGCCCAGGCCAGUCCUCAGUACGACGGCUGGCUGAAGCUGGCCGCGGCUGCCAAUGCCGACUACACUCCAAACGCGCAGGCGAGUGUAUGCCGGGGCAGCUCGGACUGCACUCAGAACUACGCCAGCUUGUACAAGGACGUCGCGGCGGCCUAUGCGAACGCUCUCGUCUGGCGGAUUCGCGGGACGACUGACAACGCCAAGGCUGCUGUGCGCAUCAUGGACGCCUGGAGUUCGAAACUCACCGAGAUUAUCGGUAGUGCCGACCGCUGGCUGGCUGCGGGCCUCUAUGGAUAUCAGCUCGCUAACGUGGCUGAGAUUCUGCGAGACUAUGACGGCUGGACCGGUUUGGACGCAGCUAUCAAAAUGCUGGUUGACAUCUUCUACCCUAUGAACCACGAUUUCCUCGUUCGUCACAACGGGGCCAGCAUUGACAAUUAUUGGGCAAAUUGGGACCUCUGCACACUCUGUGCCAUGCACAGCAUUGGCGUUCUGUCUGACAACCAGACCAUGGUCAACGAAGCUAUCACCUACUUCAAGACUGGGUCUGGCAUGGGUGCCCUUGCUAAUGCCAUCUGGUACAUCUGGUCCGAGGAAGGCUCUGGGAAGCCCUUGGGUCAGGGCCAGGAGGCUGGUCGAGACCAAGGCCACGCCACAUUGGACUUUGGUCUGCUUGGCGUUCUUGCGCAGCAGAGCUACAACCAGGGUACUGAUCUGUUCUCACUGACUUCUAACCGGAUCUUGGCGGGCUCCGAGUACGCCUUCAAGUACAACGUCGGCCAAGACGUUCCCUUCAAGACUUACACCAACAACCACGGCACCGCCACGGUCAUAAGCAACUCCAGCCGCGGCACCAUCCGUCCUAUCGGCGAGCUGCUGUACGCCCAUUACAACGGCGUCAAGGGCUUGAACGCUUCUUGGACCGGCAAAUACCGCGACAUGGUCCUCGACGCCAGCGAUGGUGCCGAGGGCGGUGGCGGGAGCUAUGGCCCCAACAGCGGCGGCUACGACCAGCUGGGCUGGGGAACUAUUCUUUACCGCCUGGACUAGUACUAUAGCGAUAUGAUUUGCUGGCCACGGCUGUCAGGUCUCUCUUAAGCCUUUCUGCCUCUUUCUUGCUGGCGAUAUAGGUCUGAUGGAUUAACAUCGUGCUUCCACUUGGCCCGAGAUCAAAGGACAAAAUAUGAAGCCUUCGUUUGGUAAGAAUGUGGCCCUUGUACAAUACUGCUUUUGUUUGGCUUUGUCAACGGUCAGUUGAACUAAGCUUGGUUAUUCAAUGUUGCAGACAAUAUGAAACUUAUUUAGGUCUCUGCUUUUUUUCCUACUUUGUCAUACGGUUCACAUAGUCAAAUUGACACGAUCGUUGAGAUUA